GGAAACUCAGUUUUAACUGUGCUGUAUGUUUUAAUUGGUUGCUUUGCUUUUUUUUUGCUGUUGAGAGGUGAGCGUUAUCCUCCAAGGAAACUCAAGGCUUUUUCUCUUUUGACAAAUGCACGGUAAUUAAAGUGUAUAGUGAAGAUGAUACUAGCAGAGCUUUGGAAGUACCAAGUGAUAUAACAGCAAGGGAUGUAUGUCAGCUGUUGAUACUGAAGAACCACUAUAUUGAUGACCACAGCUGGACUCUGUUUGAACAACUUACCCACACAGGUUUAGGAAGAGCUAUAGAAGACCAUGAAUUAGUGAUGGAAGUCCAGUCAAAUUGGGUAAUGGAAGAGGAAAACAAACUGUAUUUUAGAAAAAAUUAUGCCAAGUAUGAGUUUUUUAAAAAUCCACUGAGCUUUUUUCCAGAUCAUAUGAUAUCUUUUCCAAGUGAGACUGAUGCAGCUGUAAGCCACUCUGGGAUAUUGCAGAUGUUCCUAAGCUCCAGCACGUAUCCUGAGAUUCAUGGUUACUUGCAUGCAAAGGAGCAGGGAAAAAAAUCGUGGAAAAAAUUGUACUUUCUCUUGAGAAGAUCUGGCCUAUAUUUUUCCACUAAAGGUACUUCUAAGGAGCCGAGACAUCUGCAGUUUUUCUGUGAAUUCAGCAAUAGUGAUAUGUACAUGUCUUUGACGAGCAAAAAGAUUUUUGGAGCACCAACAAACUAUGGAUUCUGCUUUAAGCCUAACAAAUCAGGAGGAACCAGAGACCUGAAACAGCUCUGUGCAGAUGAUGAACAAAGUAGGACCUGUUGGAUGACAGCAAUUAGGUUGCUUAAGUAUGGGAUGCAGCUGUAUCAGAAUUACAUGCAACCAUAUCAAGGUAGAAGUGGCUGCAGCCCUUUGAAUGUAACACCUAUGAGAAGCAUUUCAGAAAAUUCUUUAGUAGCAAUGGAUUUCUCAGGACACAGAAGCAGAAUUAUAGAAAAUCCAACAGAAGCCCUUUCAGUUGCAGUUGAAGAAGGAUUAGCAUGGCGGAGGAGAGGGUGUCUACGACUCAACUCACAUGGUAGUCCUAUUGCCAUGUCUAACAUGGGUACGUGUGAGUUAAUUCAUUGCCAGAGAAAUGCAAUAGCUGGUUCUUUCAAUAAAUACAAAAUGUUUUUUAAAACCUUUAUUUCUACAGCUAUACACAGAUCUCAGUCAUGGUUUCAUCAUAAAAUCUCUAGAGAAGAGGCUCAGAGACUUAUUUUGCAGCAUGGACUUGUAGAUGGGGUAUUCCUGGUACGUGAUAGCCAAAGUAACCCCAAAACGUUUGUAUUGUCAUUGAGUCAUGGAUUAAAAAUAAAGCAUUUUCAAAUUGUACCAUUGGAAGAUGAUGGGAAGCUAUUCUAUACCCUUGAUGAUGGUCAUACCAGAUUUACUGAUCUCAUCCAGUUAGUGGAAUUCUACCAACUUAAUAAAGGAGUACUGCCUUGCAAGUUAAAACACUAUUGCGCACGAAUUGCUCUUUAACCAAAGCAUCUGUUGUUUCAUCAGAGGGAAAGGAAGAUAUUGGAAUACUUUUUCCCCUAAAGGCAAUUUGUAUAGUAAGAAGGGAUAAAGCAUUACAUUGUAAAGAUUCUAUGUUUUAGAUGCAAAAAAUUUAUAUUCUACAUGGAUAAGAACUUUGCAUUGUGAUUGUCACAGCAAAAUUAAUUUUAUGGUUUUAAAAAAACAUUCUUUCCUAUGUAAUUCUUUAGUGUUCUCUUGGACUUCUUGGGGUUUUUUCCAACUGAAAAUAAUUUAAAAAAAGAUAAUAUUGUGUAACUUUAACAACAGUAUAACUGAAGGGAAGAUCUUAUUCUUAAGUUUAAAAUUUACUUUUUGUCUCUUCCAAUGUUUCUCAUAAUUCCUAUUCAUCACAUAGAAUAAUGACAUUUAUUGUGGUGAGGAUAAGCUGAACUGCACAUUUUGUUUGUAAAUAAAAUGAAUAAAUAUUUUGCACUAUAUUUUUGAAUGCUACUUUGAGGAUUAUCAUACAAAAAGUGAAAAACCAUUAAAACUAC